UUUUUAUUAAAUUUUGGAAAAUAAUUUUAUCAUGAAAAAAGAAAUUGAGACUGUUGCGAUGGCUCCAAUUGAUGCUAAAAAAAGACCUCUAGAUGAUGUUGAAAAAACAGAAAUAGUGCAAAAGAAAAAAUUUAAAAAAAAUAAAGAAUUAUUUAAGCCACCAACAGCUGAUGAAUUAAAUCAACUUCGUGAAACAGAGAAUUUAUUUCAUUCAAAUUUAUUCAGACUUCAAAUUGAAGAAAUAUUGACUGAAGUUAAAUUAAAAGAUAAAUAUGUCACUAAAUUUAACAGCUGGUAUCCAAAAUUAGUCAAGGCAAUUGAGUCAAUACCAGAAACUGAAGACUGUGAUUUGUCAAAACAAAAGCAGUUAUCGAAACUUGGUGUUAAAGUACCAAAAAUUGAUGUGCCAAUUAACGAAAAAGGGUUUUAUAAAUUUUUAAAACCAUCCAAUAUUAGUGUCAUUGGGUCCUAUUCACUUGGCACAACAAUUGGACCAAAUGUCAUCAUUGACAUAAUGGUAGAAAUGCCAGCAAAAUUAUUCACCAAAUGUGACUAUCAAAAUUACAGAUACUCAAGAAAACGUUCAAUUUACUUGAGCUACAUUGCAGCACAUCUGGAUGAUAGCAUUGUUGAUGAAAAAAAAUUUAUUGGUGAUAGCUGGUCACCUAAAUUGAAACUAAUUCCAGAUGGUUCAUUGGCUAAAAAAGUUGCUGUUUAUAUUCAUCUUGCUGCUGAAAAAACAAGCUUUAAUCUUAGUAGAUUUUUACCUGAAAAAAAUUCAGUUAGACCAGAAUGGUUAUUAAAAAAUGAAGUAAAAACAGAGCCAGUAGAAUUGCCACCAACACCACACUACAAUAUGAUGGUGUUGCGUGAUUUAAUCAUGUCUGAAUGCAAUGAUAAAUGUAUAAAAAUGAUCAAGGAUUAUCCAAACAUUCGUGAUGGAAUAAUCCUUCUAAAAAUAUGGCUAAAUCAACGACAAUCAUGUGAUUCAUCAGCAGCAUUUAAUGGCCAUAUAUUGACAAUGUUGGUGUUGCAUUUGUUGAGUGAAAAAAAGCUGAACACAUUCAUGAGUAGUUACCAAAUUGUCAGGAAUGUUUGGAACAUUUUGGCUCAAUCUGACUGGACAAAAAAAGGCAUAACACUUGCAACUGGUGAUGAUUGUAAAACACGAGUUGAUGAUUAUCAUAAAUAUUUUGAUUGUGUUUUUGUUGAUGUAACUGGUUAUCACAAUAUGGUUUCAAAUUUGACAAAGAAAAAUUUUGAAUGGUUUAAAAGUGAAGCUGAACUUGCUGUUAAAUCUCUGGAUCAUGCAAGUAUUGAUAGUUUUCAAAUAUUAUUCAUGAGAAAACUACCAUUUUAUUCAACAUUUGAUCAGUUUAUUUGUAUUCAUGACACUGAAAUGUUGGCUAAUAUGGCAAUUGAAAAAAUUACUGAUAAUAAAAAAAUAGAUCUUGGUGUUGAUAAACGUAGCAAGAUUGUUGAUUUAAUAAUUGAUACACUCAGUAAGGCUCUUGGUAAUAGAGUAACACAUUUAUUUGUUGAACCUGAAUCCAUCAAAGAAUGGAAUACAAAUGAAUCACAACCAGCUGGUUUAAAUAAAAUAAGAAUUGGAAUUCAAUUGAAUUCUGAUUACUGUUUUAAUCCAAUUGAAAAAGGACCAGAAGCCAAUCAACAAGAGGCUCUUGAAUUUCGUGAAAUUUGGGGAGAUAAAUCAGAGCUCAGACGUUUUCAAGAUGGCAAUAUUUGUGAAGCUGUUUAUUGGAAAAAAUCACAAACAAUAGCUGAUAAAAGAAUGUUGACAAAACAAAUAAUAACGUUUAUAUUAAAAUCAAAAUUCAAUAUAACAAAAAAUAGUUAUUUAUAUUUUGGUGAUCAAUCUGAUGAAUAUUUACAAUUAAAAAAAACAAAAAUAACUCAUUUUGAGUAUGGUACUGGUGAAGAAGCAACAUUAUUAUUUCUUAGUGCUUUCAAUGAACUUGAAAAAGAUUUAACAAAUUUAAAAAAUUUACCAUUAUCAAUAAAUAGUGCACAAAUAACAAGUUCAAUAAAUAGAUAUACAAGUGUAUUUCCACCACUUUCAUCAACUCUUAAAACAGAAAAUGAUUGUACAAUUAAUUUUAAUAAAAAAGUACAAAUAUUAAAUGACAAUGUUAUUAAAUCACCACAAUAUGUACCAAGUAUAAAUGUGGUAAUACAAUUGACAACAAGUGGUAAAUGGCCAGAUGAUUUAUUGGCAUUGAGAAAAACAAAAACAGCAUUUUAUCUUGAAAUUUCAAAUUGUUUACGUAAACAAUGUUGUGUAAAAACAUAUGUAAAUGAUAAAAAUUUAAUAAUAUAUAAAUCUGGUUAUGUAUUUGUUGUUGAAAUUGCACAACAAAAAGAAAUAGCAUUAAUUAAAAAAAUUGACAAUAAUGGUGUUAUUGAGUAUAAAAAUAAUAAUGAAUCAAUUAAAUUAGAAAAAAAGCUAUUUCAUUUACCAAAAUUAAGUAGUGCAUUGCAUGGUUUACAUUCACAACAGCCAUCAUUUGGUGUAACAUGUUGUCUUGUUAAACGUUGGCUAUCAGCUCAUUUAUUGGAUGAUUAUCAUAUGCCUGAAAUUGUUGUUGAAUUACUUGUUGCAUACAUGUAUUUAUCACCAUAUCCAUACAGACCAGCACAAAUACCACAAGUUGGAUUUUUACGUUUCUUACAAUAUUUUUCAAGAGAACAAUGGACAACUGAUCCAAUUAUUGUUAAUUUUAAUAAUGAAAUGACAAGAGAAGAAAUUUUAAAUAUUGAAAAUCAUUUUGGUACAUCAAGAGAAUCAGGUUCAUUACCAGAUUUAUUUAUUUCAACACCGUAUGAUCAUUUGACUUCAAUAUGGACUAAAAAUUCACCUAAUAAAAUUAUUUUACGACGUGUUAGUGCAUUGGCUAAAGAAACUCUGAAACUUGUUGAUGUACAAUUUAAUGAAGGAAGUUUAUUCAGCUGGAAACCAAUGUUUAAACCACCAACAAAUGAAUAUGAUGUAUUAAUUUAUUUAAAGGAUGAAUUUAAUCCAAGAAGGUAUCAAUCAUUUGAUCUUGAUGAUACAGCUUGUGUUACAAAAUGGCAUCCAUACAAACAGCAUACUGAUGAAAAAAUACCAAUUGUUGAAUUUGAUCCUGUUCAAUACUACUUGAAAGAAUUGAGGAAUAUCUACAGUGAUCUUGCUCUAUUUUUCCAUGACACUUAUGGUGGAUCAAUCAUUGGGGUUUUAUUAAAACCAUCUGCAUUGGAAAAAAAAGAUUUUAAAAUUACAAAUAUUAAUUGUCGUAAGCUUGAUAAUAGUAAUGGUAAAUUAGUUUUAAAUUUAGCAGCAAUUAUUGAAGAUUUUUCAAUUAUUGGACGUGAUGUUGUUGAUAAAGUUGAAUAUCAAAAUAAAAAUCUGUAA